GCCGGAGUGCACUCUCUCUCUCCCUCUCUCUCUCUCUCUCUCUCUCUCUCUCUCUCUCUCUCUGUGCGGUGUUGUGCGUGAAGACUCUCGCUCUCUCUGCGGGCCUGUGCGUGAAGACUCUCUUGCUCUCUCUGCGGUCUCGUGCAUGAAUACGUGGAGAGUUCCACUUACAGACGGCCCAAAAAGGAAAUAGGUCAGUUCGCGUGAGAAUCAAUUUCUUCUGGCUGGAGCAGAGAGAAGGGGCGUGAUGUCGGGUAAAAAGAGAAAGGCAUCGGACGAUGCCGUGGCCAGAACAGGAGCACGGGCAGAUGAAGGAGUAGUGGCAUUUGAGGCGAUGGGACUCGAUCCCCGGGUGCUUCAGGCGCUAAAGAAGGCUGAAAUCUCCGUACCCACACCAGUUCAGGAAAAAUGUAUUCCCCUGGCAUUGGAGGGCAAAGACGUUGUGGCUAGAGCGAAAACGGGAUCGGGAAAGACGCUGGCGUAUCUGCUUCCUCUUGUUCACAAACUCCUCAGCUCUGAGCGAUCGACGUUGGCAGCAGACGGCACAGCCAAUCAGCCUUCCAUGCGAGCGGUGAUCUUGGUCCCGACACGAGAACUCUGUCAGCAGAGGGCAGCAUUGGCAGCAUCGCCUGAUAUAGUUGUCACGACACCUGCGCGGUUCGCACAGUGCUUGAAAGAGGGAGUGAUAUCGGAAGCAGCAUUGCAGGGGGGGAAUUUACAGACCCUGGUUCUUGAUGAGGCGGACCUGUUGUUAUCGUAUGGGUAUGAGGAGGACCUGCGCCAGAUUGCUGCUCUUGUGCCAAGGCACUGUCAAUGUUUGCUGAUGUCGGCAACAACCAGCACAGAGGUGGACCGGCUGAAGAAGCUCGUCCUUCAUAAUCCAGCCAUUCUGACACUGACGGAGGUUGAUGGGACAGAGGGAGGAGCCGGUGUGCCGGACACUGUUCAACAGUUUGUGCUGAACUGCAGGAAAGAGGAUAAGCUGCUUUAUACGCUGGCACUUCUGAAGUUGCGUGUUGUGCAGAAAAAGGUGCUUAUGUUUGUGAAGACAAUUGAUGAUGGCUAUCGGUUGAAGUUGUUCUUGGAACAGUUUGGUAUUCAUUCAGCCGUUCUGAACUCCGAAGUGCCGCAGAAUUCUCGCCAGCACAUAUUACAGGAGUUCAAUCGGGGGCUUUUUGACUACUUGGUGGCAACAGAUGACUCGAAAGGCGAUGAAGAAGAAGGAGAGAAGGAUGGGACGGUUGGUAACGAAACGGCAGGAGACGGCAAGCCUAAGAAAAAGAAAAUAAAAAAGCGAAAGCGAUUGGGUGCGGGGGAGUUUGGCGUUGUGAGGGGAAUUGAUUUCAAGAAUGUCUGUACGGUAAUAAAUGUUGAUAUGCCAGCAACCGCAUCUGGGUACGUGCACCGUGUCGGGCGAACUGGCCGAGCAGGGCAAACAGGAGUUGCGGUGUCCCUAGUGCUUCCUGAGGAGGAGAGUUUGCUGGCAGAGAUUGAGGCAGCCAUUGCGGCAGAUGCAGCGUCUGAUGAUGAGGCAGGGAAUUGUGAAAGCGCCAUAACUCCUGGGACAGUAAUUGGAAGGUUUCCGAACUUGACGAAGGACGCAGUUGAGGCUCUGCGGUAUCGGGCGGAGGAUGUUGCGAGAGGAGUGACCAGGUUGGCAGUGCGGGAAGCAAGGGCACUUGAACUUCGGCUAGAACUCCUCAAUUCAGAGAAGCUUAGAGCACAUUUUGAAGACAACCCGAAAGAUUUGGAGCUGCUGAAGCACGACAAAAUCCUCUCGAAGCAGCAGCCGCUUCGGCAUCUCAAGUCGUUGCCCUCCUACCUUAGGGACCCCACAGUUGAAGCAGCUAGCCAGAGAGUUGGCAUGGCUGAAGCUGCCAUGGGUGGCCGCAGACAAAGCUCGAGGAUGAAGCGGCGAGGAGGAAAAGACAGAGAUCCUCUGCGCAGCAUUGCACGGAAGAAGGGAGGCUUCAAGCAGCGAGGUGGAGAGACCGGUGGAAGAAAAGCGUUCAAAGGAAAGCAUGCUGGGAAGAAGAGAUAAGACUGAUAUCAUAUGGAAACAUUGGCAUUUGGCACGUAGAGGUUUGUAGGUACAGGGAGAGUGCCCGAGAUCUUGAAGAGCAGAGAGUAACUGUAGUUUUCAUUGGCAGAAUGAUGUGUCAUCUCAUUCAGGUGGUGGUCAUUUUGGAGCAAUAUAUCUCUUUGGUGUAUUUCACAUCUCGUCAGACAUUGUUCGCGUUUUCUUCCUCACAGUUUCCCUCGGCAUCUGUGCAGCCCAUCAGUCUCUGUUGCAUAACUCUGCCGCAAGCUGUUGUAAGUUGUCUCAAGGCACAUUCCAUU